AUGUCCACCGCAAACCUCAACUUCAUCACCUUCAACCAGGAUCACAGCUGCCUGGCUGUCGGCACCUCGAAAGGCUUCCGAAUCUACCAUACCGACCCCUUCUCCAAGAUCUUCAGUAGCGACGACGGCAAUGUCUCCAUCAUCGAGAUGCUCUUCUCCACCUCCCUGGUCGCUCUGGUCUUGUCUCCCCGACAUCUCAUCAUCCAAAACACCAAGAGGGCUUCCGUGAUAUGCGAGCUUACUUUCCGUUCUGCCGUCCUUGCCGUCCGCCUGAACCGCCGCCGACUGGCCGUCAUUCUCGAGGAGGAGAUAUAUUUGUACGACAUCGCCAACAUGACCUUGCUCUAUGUCAUCACAACCUCUCCGAACCCGACCGCCAUAUGCGCGCUCUCACCCUCGUCUGAAAACUGCUACAUCGCCUACCCACUACCGAAGCCUAGGGAAGACACGAGUGAAAGGCGCCCGGCACACGCCCCUCCUCUAUCCACCUAUGUGCCUCCCACCUCGGGCGAGGUUUUGAUUUUUGACACGAUAACGUUGAAGGCCGUAAACGUCAUCGAGGCUCACCGCUCGCCCCUUUCUUGCAUUGCUCUCAACAGCGAUGGUACUUUGUUGGCGACCGCAUCCGAGACAGGCACGAUCAUCCGUGUUUUCUCGAUACCUCGGGGCCAGAAGCUAUACCAGUUCCGCCGUGGCACCUACCCGUCCACAAUCUACAGCAUGUCGUUCAACCUGAGCUCUACCUUGCUCUGUGUGUCUUCGACAUCUGACACUGUUCACAUUUUCAGGCUAUCCAGUCCAGGCCCGCAGGGCGCUGCCGGUGCAACCGGACCUGGGAUCGCUGCUGGAGCAGCUGAACAGACGCCGUCGCCUCGUGCAGAUCGGUGGUCUCGGUCGCGGUCUCGCAGCUACGACAGUGGGAACGACUCGCCUGGAAGUACAACAGGGUCGCCGCGCAGCGAAGCUGCAGAACUCGCCGGAUCCCCUGCCAACAACGGAUCAAGCAGUACUAGCAACCCAGCUAAUCGGCGGCAAAGCGGCUCAUUUAGCAGCAUGCUGCGGCGGUCGUCACAGCUGAUGGGCCGUAGUGUAGCUGGCGUCGUUGGAUCAUAUCUCCCGCAAACCGUGACAGAGAUGUGGGAACCUCUGCGAGAUUUUGCCUAUAUCAAGUUGCCCAAGGUAUCUUCGGCCACAUCUCCCAAUAAGGCGCCAGCAAACACCGGGCCUGCAGGUCUCAUGUUCCCCAACGGGCCCUUGCGGAGUGUUGUGGCAAUGAGCAGCAGCAGUCCACAGGUUAUGGUCGUAACUAGUGAUGGCGGGUUCUAUGUUUUCAAUAUCGACAUGGAACACGGCGGCGAGGGAUACCUUGUGCGCCAAUUCUCGGUACUCGAGGGGGACGACAAGUUGGAUGCGUCCUUCAACCCGUGA